AUGGCCGCAGUACAAGAACUCGCAAGCCGAGUUAAGAUGGAUACCAUUUACGUCGAUACGGAUGCCGGCAAAGAUGACGAGACAGCAACUGGAGAGGAGUCGAAACCAUACAAGUCGCUGGCAUACGCCUACAUUCAACAGGGUGGGAGUGAUGGGAAGACAUACCAAUCGCGCGCAUCUGUGACCGGCCCAGUCAGUGCAGAUGGAGAUCCAGCAGAGAGACUUGUAUGGAAAGAACCUGCCAAAGCUGCUGUGAAGAAGGCCGCGAGCGCAUUGGAUGCACACAAGAAGAAGGUCCUGAAACAACAACAGCAAGCCGCCCAAGAGGAGGAGAAGGAGAAGGCACGCUUGAAAACCCUCGAAGAUGCGAAGAAGAUUGUUCUCACCGAGGACUCGAGUCUGCCGAAAGCCGUUAAGAUCACAAUUGGAGACAAGAGCAUUGAGUUGGGCGAGGGAGACGUUAAGGGCACGCGAGUUAAGGUUUCUGGACGCAUACACAGACUGCGACAACAGAAGCAAGCAACCUUCCUUACAUUGAUUGAUGGAUAUGGACAUUUGCAAUGUGUUAUUUCUGGCAACUUGACGAAGACCUACGAGGCUCUCACUUUCGCUCAGGGUACUUCCCUCACGCUGUUUGGGGAAAUGAGAAAGGUCCUGGCUGGUCAGACUGCUCCCGAUAACCGCGAACUCCAUGUCGAUUAUUACAAGGUCAUUGGGGCAAGUCCUUCAGAUGCAGAUGCUAUCACCAACAGAGUUUCGGCUCAACAAGAUCAAUGGGACUCGGCAAUGUUGGACAACCGUCACUUAGUUCUUCGAGGUGACACUGCUUCAUCAGUUAUGAAGGUUAGAUCUGCUGUUGAGUGGGCAUUCGCAAAGGCAUACAGAGAGCUUCAUUUCACCAAGAUCAGUCCUCCAGCGUUUGUUCAAACACAAGUCGAAGGCGGAUCUACACUGUUUGAAUUGGAUUACUACGGAGAGAAGACGUAUCUGACUCAAUCUUCCCAACUGUACCUGGAGACUGGUCUCCCCAGUCUUGGAAACGUUUACUGCAUUGAGAAGUCUUUCCGUGCUGAGAAGUCAUUAACUCGUCGUCACUUGUCCGAAUAUACCCACGUUGAAGCCGAGCUCGAUUUCAUUGACUUCGACGAUUUGCUGGAUCACUUGGAGGAGAUGAUCAGCAGAGUCAUCACUACCAUCUUGGAGGAUAAGGAGAUUGCUGGCUACAUCAAGGAGCUCAACCCCGAAUUCCAACCUCCUUCCAGACCAUUCAAGAGAAUGAGAUAUUCUGAUGCCAUUGACUGGUUGAACGCUCAAAACCCCCCUAUCCUCAACGAAGAAGGCAACCCCCAUGUGUUCGGAGACGAUAUUGCUGAGGCGGCCGAGCGAAGAAUGACCGACAUCAUCAACCUCCCUAUCCUCCUCACCCAUUUCCCAGUCGAGAUCAAGGCUUUCUACAUGAAGAAGGAUCCCUUGGACCCACGUGUAACGGAGAGUGUCGAUGUACUCAUGCCUGGCGUUGGUGAGAUCGUUGGUGGGUCGAUGAGAAUGGAGGGCUAUCAGGAGUUGAUGGAUGCGUAUAAGAGAGAGGGUAUCUCACCAAAGGAGUACUACUGGUACACCGAGCAGCGAAAGUAUGGCACUUCCCCUCACGGUGGUUACGGAUUAGGUCUUGAGCGAUUUAUUGCCUGGAUCUGCAAGCAACACUCUGUUCGUACCUGCUGUCUGUAUCCUCGCUUCAUGGGUCGCUGCAAGCCGUAG